GAAGAAUUGUACCUAUCAAAUCAAGUUAGCUUAUGCCGCGCUUGAACUUGUUUUUUGAAAGUGUACCCUUUCUGAUAAGUUACGUUGUUUACAAUAUUUCGGAAAGUCAAGAAGCUUUUCUUAAUAAAAUAAACGAUGGAUGUUUGUGCAAGAGCUGUUGUCAUGGCAGCUAAUCAGUAUUUUACAAGCAGUAGUAACAGUAAUAUGGUUUAUCUACAGAGUCAACUUGAGAGUUUACAAAGCCAUACAGAUAAUCUACCAUCAUUAAAGUUUUUUAACACAAGAAAUAUGUUAGCUGUUGAUUGUUUGACUCGAGUUGUUCAAAUAUUGAAUGAUCCACAGGUUAAAAUGGUGCUAGCUAAUAAAUGUAUUAUGGUUUUUCAAAAUUUGGUUCAAGACCAUGACCUUUGUACAUUGCUUCAAAGUCAAUUUCAUUUAAGUGAAUCUUUGGCAUCAGUCUUAAAGAAUUCUGUAGAAAAACAAUCAGAAGGUUUUACAUUAGAGUGUAUACAAUUAUUAAUGAUGUUGACUUAUGGACAACAGAUCAAUUUCCAUGAUAACCAUAUUAAAUAUUUAUUGAAAUUCCUAGUCAAACAGAUUUGUUCAAGUACAAGUGAAUUAACGCAACCCUGUCUGGGAUUAAUGGCUAAUAUAUGUAGAAAAAAUAUAACAGUUCAAACAUACAUUAGAAGCUUGGAAUGUUCAAAGUUGUGUCGAGCCUUAUUAAACUUUUUAUUGGAUCAGAAUAAAACUAACGUUAUAUUUUCCCUGUCUGUUAUAACCAGUGUAUUUCAACAUGAAGUUUUAGGAGAGAAGGUAUUAAGUGGUGCUAAUUUAAGAAACACUCUACAGUUGUUAUUUAAUUUACUGAUAAAUGGUGAUACUGGUAUAACUAGACGAUAUGCUGUUGAUGUAUUUACUGAUAUAUCUAAAAGUUCUAAAAUACUUCAUUCACUACUCAAGUAUGAACAUCUACCAAUCUGUCUAGAAAAUACUUUAAAUUUAUUAACAAGUAGUGUACCAGAUUCUGUCGCAAAGAUUUUUGAACUAUUAAUAGAAUUUAGUUCAACAGCACAGAUGAGGACAUCUAUUUGUUCCAUUAUGCUCAGAUGUCAACCUUUACGUGAUCUGUCUCAAUUAGAAAAUUUAUUACGCAAACCUGUCAACCAAUCAUCAUCUCCGUUAUUUGCUACAAUACAUUGGGCAUCUCAACCAAUAGAGGCCACUGAUACACAUACAGCUUCAUUACUGGCUAUAGAUUUGUUAAAAGAAGUAUUUGAGGAAGUCUUAUUUUCAGAUGAUAAAAAUAAUAUGAGUCGUAACCAUGUUGAAGUGAUGGUUUGUUUAUUAAUUAAAAUAUUACGUGAAAACUGUCAACAAACUGUAGAUACAAGUGAUACUAAAACACAGGAAAAAACAACCAAAGUUUUACAAUUUUUAACAGUAUUAUGUUCUGACGAUGAUGUGAAGAAGUUAAUAGCCAGUCAAGUUAAUGUUGACAUGUUUCGUACCAUAUUACAACAUCAAUUUAAUCAAAAUAAACACCUGUAUCAGGUGAAUAAUUCAUCUAAACAUCAUACUGCCAGUGAUGUAGGUGUGGAAGUUAUUUUAUUAAGUUUAAACUUGAUGUCUAAAUUAAGAAGACAUGUGUUAAAUCUGGAUGAUUAUUUUAAGUUACAGCUACAGGAUUGUAGAUUAGUACCGUUUUUAGCCACGUAUAUAACAUCUGAUAAUCGUGAUCAUGUUCAAACAGCAUUACAGUUAGUUAGUACAGCUGCUAGUUUAGAUAUCUUUCUAGAUGUAGUGUUAUGUGAUAGUGUUGCAACAAUGAAUGUAAGAAAUAAUGAAGAGACUGCCGUAGUUGUACCUGAGAGAACGACUGUAUUAUCUGAUAUAAGUUAUAAUAAAGAGAACACCAAUCAUACUAUACUACCACUUACUAGUAAACACACCAUGUCGGAUGAGGACAAUAAAACCAUGCAAAAUCUUAUAUUAAAGAUGGAAACAAAUUUAGAGAUGAAAGAUUCUAAAGUAUCCGAUAUUAUACAGUUAUAUGAACAUCAACUACAGUCGUUAAAAACAAAUGAAGAACACCUGGAGAAUUUAUUGAAGACAAAAACCCUAGAAUUAGUUCAAUCUGACCGUCUUAUAUCACAAUAUAGAUUAAAUGGGGCACGGGUAGAAUCAGAGUCACAUAAUUUACGAAAAAUGUUACAAGAAUCGGAGAGAAAGAGUGAAGAAUAUUUAGAACAGAUGAAUGAUAUGAGAUUAAAGUUAAAUAAUUUAGAAACUACUGUUGAUCAGUUAGACCAGGAAAACGAAAGAUUAACUAUAAGAGCAGAGGAAUACGAGGAACUGAAAGCUGUUCAUAGUGAGAUUGCUGACAGAGAAGAAAGAUUGAGUCGAUCUUUAACUGUAGCCCAACAGGAAUUGAAAGCUCAAACAGAAUUACACGAUAUGUUACAGAAACAUCAUACUACACUUAAAAAACAGAAUGAUGUUGCCUCAGAUCAAUUAUUUACAUUAGAGAAAGAAUGUAAACAACAACAAAAAUUAAUUAAAGAAAAAGAUACAAAUCUUACAGAAACUACAAAAUCAUUAAGUAAAUUAGAAAAGAAAUAUUCCUCACUACAGAAAGAAAAGGAAGAUUUAGAAAAAGACCGUGAAGAAUUAGAGAAAGCUACGGAAGGUUUACGAAGUGAAGUUAGCAAGUUAGCAGACGUGAAGAAAAACUUACAAAUGAAGGUCUCAUCAUUAGAACGUGUAUGUCAGGAACAUGAAGCAGCCAUCGCUAAAAAAGAUGAACUUAUAUCUGAACAAGAGGAACAAAUAUCUAAACAUUCACAAAUAGCAGCUUUAAUACAAAGUCUUAGUGGUGGAAAUAAAAAAUCAGCAGACUCAUAGACAGGAGAAAAAAAUAUUCUUUUUAUUAUAGUGUUUGUGUCUAAUCAUUUUACACGCAGAAUUUGAUUGUAUUUAUUGACAUUUUCAUCACAAUUUUGUGACAACUAGAAAUAUCGUUUGUGUUUAUAUUUUUUGAAAUAUUGCAUUUAUUGUUUUAAAGACCAACUACUACAAAUAUUUUUAUACGCCCACAUUUUCAUGUGGAUGUAUAUUGUCGUCGACCCUUUUCGUUCGUUCACAUUUUGUUUGUGGAAACUCUACAGGUAACAAUUCUUAUCGGAAUUCAACGAAACUUGAAAUAAAGGUUUAUCUCCGAAAGAUCUUGGUUCCUUGUGCAUAUUGGACAGUAACUUUCUGGAUUAAGACCCAUUAUUGUACGAAAUAUCAUGUUUUUAUCUUGUGGACAAUCUAGAGGUUACAAUUUUUAUUUGAUUUUAAAAACUGUUCAAAUAUAUUUCCGUUAUACUGUAAUGACAGUUGAGUUAGAAUUUUGCUCCCAGUACACAAAUAGUGUAAAAGUAUGUAAAACCAAGGUUGUGGACCCUCUAGAGAUCACAAUUUUUAUCUGAUUUUAAUGAAACUUAAAAUAUAUGUUUAUAUCUCAAAGAUCUUGGUUCCUUUCCAUAUUGAUGAAUGGCGGAUUGAAACAACCUGGAUUAUGGCCCCUGAUUGUAUGCUUGUUCUGGGGAUACUCAAUUGACCUUCCGGAAUUAAACUCUCUCAAUUCCCAAAAUAGUUUCAGUCGAGUAAAAAUGAGAAUUUUGGAGUACAACGCAUGUGCCGACUGCAUAAAAAAUAUCUCAACCAGUCAUGACUGCUGAAACGUAUUUGUUACUUAAAAUACGUCACGAUUCUACUCACACCACCUCAGCUCUGGCUGCUGGCAGAACUGUGACAUGGCUGAAUUGACUGCUGAAACGUAUUUGUUACUUAAAAUACGUCACAUUCUACUCACACCACCUCAGCUCUGGCUGCUGGCAGAACUGUGACAUGGCUGAAUUGACUGCUGAAACGUAUUUGUUACUUAAAAUACGUCACAUUCUACUCACACCACCUCAGCUGUCAGGACUAGCAGAACUGUGACAGGGCUGAAUUGACUGCUGAAACGUAUUUGUUACUUAAAAUACGUCACAUUCUACUCACACCACCUCAGCUCUGGCUGCUGGCAGAACUGUGACAUGGCUGAAUUGACUGCUGAAACGUAUUUGUUACUUAAAAUACGUCACAUUCUACUCACACCACCUCAGCUCUGGCUACUGGCAGAACUGUGACAUGGCUGAAUUCCGUAUUACUUGAUUGCAAUUCGGGACGUUGCGUACUGACAAUCGCGCACCCCUCUCUGUCCACCUCUUGUAAAAUGUGGGUGUAUCUUGCAUGUAAUAUAUUUUAUGUAAUAUAUUGUAUAUAUAUUUAGUGCUAAGUGUAAAUAAAUCCAUAUAUACACGUA